AUCCGCUCCAGCCACCUACAUGCUGCGGUAUUGCCCACAGCGCCCUGUAGGGGUGACUGCCACACAGACCAGGGCUUUAACAGAUCACCCGUAACGUCUGCGCAUUCGCACUAGACAAGAACAUUAUUUCUUCUCAAGGCCACUACAAGCAUUUCUUGGUAUGGCAGAACCAGGGGGAGCAGAGAAGUUAUCUUCAGAGGAGCAGUCAGUAGUAGCACCUCCUGCAUCUCAGCCUCCAACAUCACAAGAUGAUUCUACAGUCGAAACGGCAGAAGAGGCGGUGGAGCCACCAGAAGCGGAUAUCAAUGAGCUUUGCAGGGAUAUGUUUAGUAAAAUGUCAUGUUAUCUCACCGGUGAGCUCGUAGCCACAAGUGAAGACUACAAACUUCUAGAAAAUAUGAAUAAGCUCACGUGUUUGAAAUAUAUGGAGAUGAAAGAUAUUGCUGGAAAUAUCAGUCGAAAUCUCAAAGACUUGAAUAAAAAGUAUGCGAGUCUCCAACCAUACCUUGAACAAAUAAAUCAGAUAGAAGAGCAAGUGGCAUCUCUAGAAAAUGCAGCGUACAAGCUGGAUGCUUAUUCAAAGCGAUUAGAAGCAAAGUUCAAAAAACUGGAGAAGCGAUAGUCACAUUUCCACACAACACUACUGCAAAAGUCCUAAUGCCAAAGGAGGAUUUGUAUGUCAUUAUGCCAGCCCUGUCAAUGCUUUUUACUAGGAACCUAAUAAAUAUAACCUCAUAUUA